UCAUUUGAUAUUCCGCAAUUGCUGACACAAUACAGUCUGUGUGAAACACACGGUACCAACGCCUUUGACUCGGCUCACACUACAAGGUCGCCUGUGACAAUCGAAAACAUUGGAUUUUCCACCAAUUCUCAUGUCAUUAAAGUCUAAAAUUCAAUCGGAUCGUUCUCAACGUCAGCAUUUUAUUUGCCUGUAUCAUUCUAGACUAAUUUCUGACAUUUUUGGUGUUCGCGUUCAGUCGUGUUUUGUUUCUCGUAGACAAUCGUUUUCACAGUGAAAUCUCAGGUAGUUUUAUCGUAACAAUAAUGUCGCUUUGUCCUCUAUUUGUUCUCUUGGCACGUCAUUUAAUAUUUAACGUUUUAUUCUUACAAGUUGUGUAAAUAAAAAAAUGUAGGCUAUCAUUGGAAUUGCGCUUCGAGUUGUGUUUUUUUUUUAAUAUGUCAGCAAAGCCUAAUAGUGUCUUGUGAUGUGUUUGUUUUUAGUUAAUUCGCCCGUGUCAUGCUUAAUUCUGUAGUUGAAGGGCUGAAGGAGUCUUACCAAGAUUAGUUUUCGACUAAAUUUUCAGUUUGUUCAGGUUUUACGUCGUAAAGAUUACGACAGAUGAUAAACUGUGAUGUAUUAUUCAUUGACCUUGUAGUGCAGAAGUAUGGUAGCAUCAUACGAACCUCUCAUCUCAUAUCAUAGGUUCAUAUAUUUAAUUUACGCUUUUUCAAAGUUGUCGUCAAGUGAUCACGUACUGUUUUAUUCGUGUGCCCCUCAAAUUGACAGCACAAGAAGCUUAUAAACUAAUUUACAUGUAAAACAAUAUAUCAAUCGUUGCAGACGUUUCUGUUGUUAAAAUAGAAACCACAGAAUUGCGAAUAUUUUGGAAGUCUGCAUAUAUUUCCUCAGAUACGAAUUAUAAUAAUACAUCGCUAAUGGGCCUUACGUGUUCAAUUGCAACACAGAAAAGAUGCUAAUCGACACAAUGUGACACAGCGUUAGUGGAAUUCUUAAUGCCAAAUUAUUUUUAACAUCAUAAGUAGCGAAAUUUGCUUAUCCUGUCACAAUUCAACCUUGGCUGAUUGGAAAUUAACCGUUGUGACAUUAUGACAUUUAAGCCCACUGAAUUUCUCGCCGGAUCUUCUCAGUGGGUCGCGUUUCCGAUCCGGUGGUAGAUUCUGCGAAGCAUUACUCUUGCUAGGGCCAGUGUUAGCAACACUCCCAGUUUGAGACCCGUGAGCUCACCUACACAUCAAGGAGAAGCUGAAAUAGCCUCUCAAGGAUAUCAGCAUAGGUAGGAAAAUAAAUAAAAAAUGACAUUUGGAUAAUGCAUCAUAAUCACGAUUACGAACAAUAUCUGAAUUAAUAUUCUGCUAAGAAAUCAAGGAACGAACACGCAGCAGCGCUUUGAGCAAGCCGGAUGGUCAAUAAAAAAUCUCAGUCAAUAAAAUUACAACCACGCGAUACAUGUCUAUGAAUAGAAGUGCGUUGUUUGUUUACCACUUGUUAUCGCGUUUACUUGAGACGACGGCCGUGGGAGGAAUCCGACGGUUUCUGAACAUAUGUGAUUCAUGUGCCACCGGGCGCGCUCAUAGAAACAUCGAUAAACGAUCCGCGCGAAUAUGACCAAAGUGAAGUACAGACGGACGAAGUGCAAAGGAAAAUUUCAUCAUUUUUGUCGAAGUUUAAGAGGGGCGGUGUGUGAGUGUCGCACCGCCAUGUCGCACCACAGCGACGAGCAUGCGUUGCUCACAACCACUUCCGACUCGUUCUGGGAGCCUGGUAACUACAAGAGGACCACCAAGAGAGUAGACGAUGGACAUCGACUGUGCAGCGAACUUCAAACCCUGGUCCAAGAGCGUGCCGAUAUCGAGAAAGCGUACGCGAAAAGCCUCAGAGGAUGGGCUAAGAAAUGGAAUGAUUUGAUCGAAAAGGGACCAGAAUACGGCACAAUGGAAGCUGCUUGGAAGGGUAGCAUGGUGGAAGCGGAACGACUUUCAGACCUCCACCUCAGCGUCAGGGAUAGGCUGGUGAACGACGUUAUGGCACAGAUAAAGAACUGGCAGAAGGAAACUUAUCAUAAGUCAAUGAUUCAACUAAAAGAACGCAAGGAAAUGGAUGAAGCAUUCAAGAAGGCCCAGAAACCAUGGUCGAAAUUACUUCAGAAGGUUGAACGCGCCAGGCUAGAGUACCACACGGCUUGCAAACAAGAAAGAACAGCGCAGAAUCAGGAAAGAAACGCCAGCGGAGACAGCUCUUUUAGUCCAGAUCAAGUCAAGAAAAUGGCAGAUCGUGUAUCGAAAUGUCGCGACGAAGUGUCAAAGAACCGAGAAAAAUACCAGACAGCUCUAGCCGAGAUCACGGCGUACAACCCUCGAUACAUAGAGGACAUGACUUCAGUAUUCGAUAGGUGCCAACAGAUGGAAGCGCAGCGAUUGAAAUUCUUCAAAGAUGUGCUGUUUAGCUUCCACAAAUGCCUCAACAUAAGUCAAGAACCGAGCUUACCGCAAAUCUACGAAGAGUUCCACCACACGAUCAACAACGCAGACAGCCAGAAGGACCUCAAGUGGUGGGCCAACAACCACGGGGUCAAUAUGGCGAUGGCCUGGCCGCAGUUCGAGGAGUUACCGCCAAUAACGAAUAACAAGACGAACAAAAGUAACAAUCACUCGGAGCCCCCCGCGCCCGCGCCCGCUGCCCCACCCCUCUCCAACAACACCACCGCCAACAACACCAUAGACAAGAAGACUAUCAGCGCCCCCAUCGCCGUCACUAACGGCACGGCGGGCGGCCCGAAGUCGAACAAGUCGUCGCCCGCGCGGGAGGGCGCCGACAACCCGUUCGAGGAGGAGGAGUGGGACGGGGACGGGGAGGGGGGCGCGCUCACGGACUCCGGCGAGCCCGGCCUGCCCGUGCGCGCGCUCUACGACUACACCGGCGCAGAGAGCGACGAGCUCUCCUUCCGGCAGGGAGACCUGUUUGAGAAGUUGGAGGAUGAAGACGAGCAGGGCUGGUGCAAGGGACGCAAGGACGGGCGCGUGGGGCUCUACCCGGCCAACUACGUGGAGCCCGUGGGCCACUAGCGCCGCCGCCCGCACGAGUCCCAGCACGACUGAAUAUAUUAUCUAAAUAUUAUAAAUAUAUCAGAAUUUUCAUCAACAUCGUAAACUGAAUUACUUGUAGAUUUUUUUUAAGAGAAAAUCUUCAAUUGGAAUCGUUUACAUUAAAUUUUAUUUAUAUUUAUCGAGAACAGCGCGUCGUAUUGUCUAUUAUUAUUCAUAGCAACAUUUGGAUUCACGAAUACAUACAUACACGAGUACAUAAUUAAUUUAUUAGCGAGUCGCGAAUUAGUCAUUAAAGUACAGGAGGACAUUUGUAUGAGCAGUCUAGUACGAGCGACUCUACGCUUCGUCGAAUCAUAUAUCAUCCAUUUGUGAUAUAUUUGAAAUGUAAAUGUGCAGCGAAAUAUUUCUAUAAAAUUUACCAAUCGAUAAAAAAUAUAUUGUUUCAAUACAAGAUAUUCCUCGCUAUUGUAGGAUAUUUAUACAAUUUUCAAUAAUUUUUAGUGACGUGCCGUAUUCUUGUAGUGUGUUAUAUCGAUGUGGUUUGAGUAGAUUCAAAUCGAUGAUGCGUAUAAAAUGAAAUAUGUGAAAUAAUUUUUUAAGGUAGCGAAGCGGGUUACUCGGCUUCGUUUUCGAUUUAUGAAUAAUUAAUUGACUUAGAACGUAUAUUUUUGGAUAAAAAUUGUUAGCUACAAUUUGCACGUAAACCAAAAAAAAUGUUUAUUUGUGUUAGUGACAUUGUAUUAUUGUUUCUAUGAACUUUGUUAACUGAAUAACAUUGUCGAACAAAGCUUGAGAAUAACUAGUUGGACACCACUGCCUUUGUCGGGCACAUUCAAUUUAGCUAAGCCAAAAAUUGUAGGCCAAUAUAUAAAUAUAUCGUAAUAGGCAAACCAAACGUUUAGAUGGCAAUGGGAUUAUACAUAUAUAUAUUUUGUGAUAUAAGCUCCUGUCGGUGGGUGUCGUUGUCUGUAGGUGUGGUUGUGUACAUACACGCUUUUAAUGAUGUAAUACUUGUCGUGAAUGUAUAGAGUAUUUAUUUCCCAUUGUAUAUAAUGUGUAAUUUAUGUGAGAAUUUAAAUUUGGUUAAUAUCGAUAGUGUUGAUUGGAAUAUAUCGUAGUUUUUUUUUUUUAGUUAAAGCUUUUUAUGGACGCAACGUUAUAAAGAUGCGUUGUUUUAACAAAGGAAAAUGUUUUAAAGCAAUUUUUAUUCGUGGCUCGAUAGCUAUCGAUAUAAAUCAACUCUAGUAUUAAUAAUAUUACGAUAGGGCGCAUAAAACAUUAAUGACUGAUUAUUGGCCUAGUGGUUUUUGACGGCUCGAUUUAAGCUUCCAUUUUGGCUGCCGGUUCUCAUUCUAAGGUGCUACUCCCACGUCUCCCGCACCAGCGCAGACAUGUGCACUGUAUCCCAACUAAAUAUGCCACUACCGCAUUUUAGGCUACAUUUGACGCAAAUAUGAAAUUGCCAAAUAGAGCAUUUACGAAAAGAAGUUUUGCACGACGCAAGCGCCCUCUCGUCAUUAGUUUUAAAAAAUAUCAUUAAUAUAUUACGAAGAUGUUUACCUUUAUUUUUCUUUUUCCUUUUGUACCUCGUUAUAUUGUUGUAAUGUGAUUAUGACGGGGAGUCAUACAUAGUCACGAGGCUGAAUCCGAACACCUCCUAGACUACUUGUAUCGCGUUAGUAGCGACUUGUUUAUAUUAAAUAACAUUGUUAUAGGUUCAGCAACCUUUUGUGAAAAUUAUUUGUAUUAUAUUAUUAUUAUCAGAGAGGUGGUUCUGGACCACUUAUGUUAAUAUAUUAAUAAUAUUGGUAAUUAAAUUGUUACAUAUGUGA